GGGCAGAGCGAAGUCUACUUUUACUUUCCAUAUUUUAGGCAUUUUCGCCCUCUACAUCUCUGUAUUCUCUCUUUGAAUUGAGAUUCUCUCGCCCCCGCUCCGUCGUCGUCCUCCGCCCUUCUCCGCGGCGUAUGGCAGCGGUGCCGGUGGAAGAGCAGCUGACCUCGGGGGCCAGCGGCCGCAUCAUCCCCGUCUUCAAGAACCUGCGCCGAUCGGUCCUCUCCUACGACUCGCUCUGCCGCUCUCUCGUCUUCAUCCAAUCGAUCUUCCUCUGGUUCCUCCUCCUCCUCCGCCCCCGCCGCCGCCUCUCCUCGACCUCCUCUCCGUCUCCGCCACCGUCGCCGCCUUCCUCCGCCGUGAAGCGCAGGUUUGCCGUCCGGAGGGAGGAGGAGGACACUCUGAGGCGGCGAGCCCUCGCUGAGGGUUUGCGGAUGGUGGCUGAGACCGACAAUUGGGCCACCGAGUGCAAUUGGAGCACCUCGCUCUUCUAUGGAGUCAGGCGCAACGCGUUGUUCUGCCGCUCGUGGUUCCCGGUCAACGGUGAAGUCAAGGGUAUAAUUGUCAUCAUGCAUGGGCUUAAUGAGCACAGUGGAAGAUAUGCUGAUUUUUCCAGGCAACUAAACUCAUGCACUUUUGGCGUGUAUGCGAUGGAUUGGAUAGGUCAUGGUGGGAGUGAUGGAUUACAUGGAUAUGUGCCUUCACUUGAUCAUGUUGUUGCGGACACUGGGGCUUUCUUGGAGAAGAUUAAAUCAGAAAACCCUGGAAUUCCAACCUUUCUCUUUGGUCACUCAACUGGAGGAGCUGUUGUUUUGAAAGCAGCUUCCUAUCCACACAUUGCCCAGAUGCUUGAAGGGAUCAUACUGACAUCUCCGGCUUUGCGCGUUAAGCCAGCGCAUCCAAUAGUUGGUGCUGUGGCGCCUCUAUUUUCACUGGUUGCCCCAAAGUACCAGUUCAAAGGUGCCAACAAAAGGGGCAUUCCAGUUUCAAGGGAUCCGGCAGCGCUCCUGGCCAAGUACUCUGAUCCAUUGGUGUACACUGGACCGAUGAGGAUCCGAACAGGGCAUGAGAUCUUGCGCAUAUCCUCCCACCUGAUGCGGAACUUCAAGUCCGUGACAAUCCCAUUCUUUGUCCUCCAUGGGACUGCAGAUAGAGUAACAGAUCCACUGGCCUCCCAGGAUCUGUACAGCGAGGCCGCCUCUCAGUUCAAGGACAUAAAGCUUUACGAAGGCUUCCUGCACGACCUUCUCUUCGAGCCUGAGCGCGAGGAAGUGGCACAGGACAUCAUUAAUUGGAUGGAGAAGAGAUUGAAUGCUGGAAACCUUGAAAACGUUAAUAGCCAGUGGUAAAACUCUGUUUUCUGCGGCACAGAUCAUGUUAGGUAGCAUGGCAUCUAAUUGGGUAUUAUUAUUAUUACUAUUAUUAUUAGCGUUUGAAGAAGGGGGUGCUGUGGUGCAUCUAACUAAUUAGAUGAUUUGUUUCUUGGGCUUUGAUUUUAAAUCUCGCCCUUGAAAGAAGAUGCAUGUAUGAAGUGGGGGAUACUGUGAAAAGGGAACUUUGUAGCUAUAUAUAUUCAUAUAUAUAUAUAUAUAUAUAUAUUUGCUCUUGCAAAUGGAUGUGAGAGCAGCUUUCUAUAA